AUGGCAUCCAUCACCGUCCUCGCUGCUCUCCUCCUUGUCAGCUGGGCUUUCACUGCUCUCCUUAUUCUCCUCCUCACCUUCACCAUCUUUAUCCUCAAGGACACCUACACCUUCAAAAUCUACCUCAAGCACACCCCCACCCCUCUCUCCACCACCUCCAUCGACAAACAAGCUCUCAACUGGGCUAACAACAGAACACAAUCACCCCCUUCACCACUGUCACCCUUGCCAUCAUCAACGAGCAUCCCCACCUCCUCCUCCUAG